CCAUAAUGAUGAAGCUGGUGGUGUUGUGCUUAGUGCUGGCAGCGGUGAGGGCGGAGCCGGGCGCGCUGCUCGCCGCGCCGCUCGUGGCGCCGCUCACGUACUCGGCGGCCGUCGUGGCGCCCGCCACCACCAGCAUCAGCCAGCAGAGCAGCAGCGUGGUACACCCCUCCCCCUACUACUACAACGCGGGAUACUUCCCGCACUUCAUCAAGAAGCGUUCAGCCCCGUCGCUUACGUCGCGCUUCUUUGGAACGGUGCCUCGUUUAGUGACGUCCUUCUUGCCGCGCUUCUACUCGUCGCCGAUUUCUUACGCCAGGCCGCACUACAUCAAGAAGCGUUCUGUGAGCUUCGCGUUGCCGGCGGCGUACUCCACCCCCUACCAACCGCUGCUGCCCAUCGCAUACGCCAAACCCAUCGCUGCUCUGCCCGUUUCCCCAAUCGUCGCACCUGUUCCCCUCACCUAUUCCCACUUUAUCAAGAAACGUUCAGCUCCACUCCUGGCGCCGCGUCAGUACAUUAGACCCGCUACCUUAACCCAGCGGACCAGCAUCGACGUGACCCACACCCGGCCAAUAUAUAAAAGCUACCCGGCCCCGGCCCCGUAUCCGUACUCUCCCUUCGGCUUCCCUCAUUUCGGAUUUCCUCAUUUCAUUAAAAAGCGCUCCGCUCCUCUACUGCCCACCGCCGCAUAUAUCGCACCUGCUGCCACUUCCUAUCAAACCAGAGCCGACGUGCGCCUCUCUGCUCCCCUUAUAACAUCCUACACCAAUCCCUUAUUUUACUCUAGUCCGUUCACUCCCAUCUCUCACAUAUACUAAUUUGUGUACUAAAGAUGAAUACCACGACAAAUAAAUGAUAUCCACAUUCA